UGACAAUCUAUUUGAAUCAGUAGCUGAAUAAAUAAAAAAAAACUUGUUAAAAUUAUCCUUUUUUCUUCCUCUUGUUUAUUUUUUUAUUGUGAAUGAUGGAUGGGCCUUAUUCUACAAAAGUAGACAUUAGACAACGCUCGAAUACCUCGGUUCAAAGCAACCAAGCGAAUGAAUCAACUGAUGACAAGGCUACUGACCGAGAUCAAGAAAAGAAAUUACUAAGAAAGCUUGACUGGCGUAUAGUGCCAUGGAUAUUUAUACUUUACUUUUUAUCUGUAGAAGAUAGAUCUAAUGUUGGAUUUGCAAUGACUAUGAAUCAUGCCGAAAAACACACGCUGGCGGAUACCUCUGGACUUACCCCUCAACAAAACAAUAUUGGACUGGGUCUAUUCUAUGUUGGUUAUAUCAUCUUUGAAGUACCAUCUAAUCUGAUGAUGGCCCAUGUGAACCCUGCUCACUGGAUUGCUCGUAUCAUGAUCACUUGGAGUAUUGUCACUGGUUGUAUGGCGGCUAUUUCGCGGCCAUGGCAUUUUUAUCUUUUACGUUUUUUAUUGGGUGUGUUUGAAGCUGGAUUCUGGCCAGGAAUUACCUACUACAACACGUUAUGGUACAGACCAGACGAGAUUUCUAGUCGAAUCGGAGUAACCUAUCUGGCUGGACCUGCAUCUGGUGCUGUAGGUGGGCUUAUUUCAGCAGGAGUGCAAUUAAUUGACACAAAAGGGAACCUGUAUGGUUGGCAAUGGUUAUUCUUAAUUUCUGCACUCGUCUCUUUAUUGUUUGGAAUUGCUACCAUAUUCUACUUACCAUCUACACCUGAGAGAUCAACUCGAUUCUUAACCGAGGAUGAGCGGGCAAGAGUUCAAAGAAGAUUGGAAGUAUCAACAAGAGAAGAAUCGGUUGAGGAAAGAAACUUGAAACGUGAUUUUAAACAAGUAUUUGGAGAAUUGAAAGAUUUUAAAGUGUGGAUAUUGUGUGUGCUCUACUUUACACCCGUAAUGGCAGCUACAUCUUUGGGUUAUUUUAUACCAAAAAUAGUUCAACAGAUUGGACCUUUUACUUCUAUUCAAGUCAGUUUGAUGAGUAUACCUCCUUAUGUAUUCGGUGGCUUCAUGGUCUAUAUCAUCACUCACUGUAGCGAUCGUUUCAAUAGUCGAGGAUGGUUUAUAGUAGGCUGCUCAAUCACGUCGUUUAUUGGAUUCUGUAUUUUAAGCUUUUCUCCAUCUGUUGGGGCUCGUUAUUUUGGUUUGAUGGUAGUCGCGGGUGGCACCUAUCCAACAGUUCCUUUAAGUAUGGCCUGGACAGCCAAUUCAAAAGAAGAUCCUAUAGAGGUUGCCUCUGCCACAGGUAUCGUAUCCUCCGUAGCUAACUUUGGAGCCUUAAUUUGCACCUUUGUCCUUUACUCCGGAUGGCCCUCUGACGCACCAAGAUAUGUUGGCUCCAACAUGAUCAAUGGAGGAGCGAUGGUUCUGGCAGCUAUCUGUGCAUUUUGCUUGAGAUGUCAUUUAUCAAGAGAAAACUCUAUUAUAGAAAGAGACGGAGUAUCUGGAAAUAGAACCCGUCCUUAUAUCCUAUAAAUAUUAAAACACGUAGCUUUCAUGUUGAUCAGGUACAAUAAGAGCAAGAAAACUUUAAAUACCCAAGAAAAUAUCCGAGACCCAUUCUCUACACCGAGAGAAAGUCCAACAUCAACUUUCCAAAUUGUGCUGAACCAUGUAAUGAUUUGUUCAUAGCAUCUUCUUCAUUUUCUUGAGAACGAAGGGUGUUCGUCGUUUGUAAUUAUUUUGUAUAAUUCAGUUUUCAGAUUAUUCACUCUUGUAUUGGUAUCUCGGCUUCUUGUAGCAUAUGAAUGUUGAUGACCAAUGCAGUCAGGAUUGACACACAAGAUUGCACCAACGCUGACCUUUCCAUUGUUCUUCUUU